CGGGUGUCUCCCAGUUAGCAUGUAUGGCAGUGCUAACGUUGUGUGUUAUCAGAGUAAUGGAGGAGAGGCCGUCAGGGUUAAGUGUUCUUGUCCUUCUUUGACUUUUCUCUCUGUGUCAAAUGUCCGGGUUUGAGGAUCUUAAAGAUUUAUUCAGACGUCGGCUGCUCGCUGCGGCUCACAGAGACCCGAGAGGACAAACAACAACAUGUGGAUACGAAGAGGAGCUCCUCCGACAAAGAAAACUACUGGAUGUGAUUUUAACUCCUGAAAUAAAGCUGCAGAGAACAGUGCUUCCUGAAGACGUCCAGCUGCUGAUGGUGAAAAAAGAAGCGGUUCCCCCUGAGCAGCAGGAGUGGAGCCCGAGUAUGGAACAGGAGGACACUAAGCACUUUAAAGAGGAGCAGGAGGAACUCUGGAGCGGUCAGGAGGGAGAUUUACUUCAAGGACUGGAGGAGGCUGAUACCACCAAGUUCCCCUUCAUUUCUGCCCCUGUACAGACUGAAGAUGAUGAAGAGAAACCUCAGUCCUCACAGCUUCACCAGAGACAAACUGAACAGAUUGAAACAGGAGCAGAUGGAGAGGACUGGGGAGAAGCAGAACCAGAGAGGGACUCAGAUCUAGAGAGACAUUUACGACCAGAGACUGAGGUCAAGACUGAAGACUCUAAUGAGGAUUUUAAGGACUCCAGAGAACAUCAGUCAGGUUUAAACUCUCUGAGAAACUCUGACAGGAAGUCUGAUCAAACCCUUUACAAUAAUCACCUGAUGAAGACCCAUAAAAAUAAUCAGACAGGAGGUAUACCUUUCAGUGGCUCAUGUGAGAACCAGUUAACACAAAGAGAAGGUCUGGGGCAACACAUGGAAGUCCAAGGAGGGGUACACAGAGGGGCCAAGCAGGAGGACACAGAGCCUUCACUUGUUAAAGAGGAGCAGGAGGAAGUCUGGAUCAGUCAUGCUGAGACCACCAAGUUCCCCUUCACUCCUGUCUGUGUGAAGAGUGAAGAUGAUGAAGAGAAACCUCAGUCCUCAGAGCUUCAUCAGAGACAAACUGAACAGAUUGAAACAAGAGCUGAUGGAGAGGACUGUGGAGGAUCAGGACCAGACAGAGACUUUAACCCAGACAGUCAUUUACAGACAGUUUAUCUUGAUGAGACUUCACAUCUGUCUGGAUCUGAUACUGAUGACAGUGGUGAUUGGGAGAGGAGUAAUGAACCUCAGGAAGGUUUAAACCCUCUGCAAAACAAAGACUUACCUGUAAGUGAUAUGAACUGUAAUACUGGAAAUACAUCAGUUAGCUCCUCUGAAUGUGUUACAAGCUUUGGACAAAAGGAACAACUGCAGAAAAACAAAGAAAUCCAUACAAGAGAGAAACCAUUUAGUUGCUUAGUUUGUGGUAAAAGAUACCAGAGAAAAAAACCUUUAAAUAACCACAUGAUACGCCAUUCAGUAGAAACACCCCUCAGCUGCUCCAUUUGUAAGAGGAGUUUCAUUAGGAAAUCAGAGAUGGUGACGCACAUGAGAGUUCACUCAGGAGAGAAACCAUUCAGUUGUUCAGUUUGUGGUAAAAUGUUUUCACGACAUGAAAAUCUGAAAAGACACUAUGUUGUCCACACAGAGGAGAAACUGUUUGGCUGUUCGGUCUGUGGUAAAAGAUUUUCUCAGCAUGGACAACUGAGACGACACUCUGUUGUCCACACAGGGGAGAAACCGUUUGGCUGCUCAGUUUGUGGGGAAAGAUUUGCUCUGAAUGAAAAUCUGAAACGACACUCAAUUUGCCACUCGAUGGAGAAAUCGUUCAGCUGUUCAGUCUGUAAAAGAAGUUUUAUCUGGAGAACAGAGAUGGUGAGGCACAUGAGAAUCCACACAGGAGAGAAACCAUUCAGUUGUUCAGUUUGUGGUAAAAGAUUCACACAAAGUGGAGACCUUAAACGGCACUCUCUUGUCCACACAGGGGAAAAAUCAUUUAGUUGUUCAGUGUGUGGUCAGAAAUUCACAAAGAGUGCAAAUCUAAAAAGACACUCUGUUGUCCACACAGGGGAGAAACCGUUCGGCUGUUCAGUUUGUGGUAAAAGAUUUGCUCUUAGUGAACAUCUGAGACGUCACUAUUGUCCACACAGGCUAGAAACCAUUUAGUUGCUCAGUUUGUGGUCACAGAUUCAAACAUAGUGGAGACCUUAAACAACACUUUUUUUGUCCACACAUCAGAGACACAUGUCAAGAACUUUCUUAAGAGUUGUUAAGACGGACGUUAAAAAUGGACUUCAUGAGUUUUGGAGAGGAGGAGUUGACGUCACAUGAAAAGUGAACAGGAGGAGAUUAAAAAAAAACACAGCAACGGUUCCUCCAUAUGAGAGAAAUCAACUUUAAACUGUCCAGGGAAGGGCCAUGGGUCAGUGUAUAUUUUGGUCAUUCGAUUUUUCCUUUCAGAUAUGGGUAUAAAAAAAUUAAAAAAAAGAGUUGUUAUUUGAUUUUCGUUUUAGAAUACAAAAAUUAAAAUACAAGGCGUUUUUCUUUAUCAAUGUCAAAAAGGGAUGAGCGAAAUUUCAAAAAUGGUUCGAUUUUCAUUUUCUAUUUCAUUUAACAAAAAAUAAAAUCACUAGAAAACAGAAAUAAAAAAUAGGCCUGUUUUUUCAUAUUUUGACACCACAUUGUGGGAGUAAAAGUACAACACAUUUCCUGAAAAGAUCCUAUCCGAAUAGCCACAGCUCAUUAUGGAGUACGUACUUUUCAGUAGGGAGUUUCGUUAUACUGAACUUUUGUGGUCAUUCAGUAUGCAUUUUUUGGGUCUGCCUCAGUAUACUGAAUAUAUAUACAGUAUUUCUUUCACUUUAGGGGAAACAGGCAUCUUAAUAUAUUUGGAAUGUGCUUUAGUCAGAACAGAAAGCUCAAUUAACUCUGGGAACUUAGUAAGCAGCCCCCUGUGGUAAUCAUGGAACAACCUAGAUUUCAGGAUAGUACAAAUACCUUCGUUAUUACAUUUCCUAUCACACAAGUUACACUCAUCAAUCACUAAUUUUGGUAAUACAGCCUUCACAUUUGCAUACAUCAAGGUGUUUUGAAUUAACUGAAUUAAUGGUAAGGGAAUCACUUUACAAACCUUACUAAAUUCACGGUAACCGCAAGUAAAGUUAUAUUUGUUAAGAAAGGAUGUAUAGUCUAUUAGGUCACCAUUAGAACCCAAUAAAUCAGGAACAAACAUAAUAUUUUUCUCAACCCAAUCAUUCUUAAAUAAGGAUUUCCUAUUGAUUGUGAUCACUCUAUUGUUCCACAGAGUUGAACAAUGAGGAGAAAAGUUAUGAGUGAAUAUCAUUUUCCAAAAAUGGAGAAUCUGACGGUGAAAAUUAAGACAGUUUCAUUGGAAUUUUGAUUACUCAAAAUCACAUUUUAAAAGAAAGUCUAAACCUCCUAUUUUAUUCUAACAAGGAUCUUGGAAUAUGAAACCACAUAGAAGUUAGUUGGGACAAAAAGGACUUUAUCAUAUUGAUUUUAAAAGUGCCAACCAUUGAUUGAAAAUUAAGAGAAUUGACAUCACCAUGUCAUGCCUUUUAAUGUAAUGAGUUUUGUUUCUCCAUAUGAACUGGAAAAUCACUGAAUUAGCUUUAUUUAUAUUGUUUGAGGAAAUAUAAAGGGAGUGGCAUGGAUAAAUAAGCUUAGAGAUACCUUCUGCUUUAGAUAAAACAACUCUACCAAUAAUAAGGUCUCUGGUCAGCCAAUGACUAAGAGAUUUGUCAUAUCCGUUAUACGGUUGGAUACAUUAAUAUCUUCUCUUCGAAGAAGGUUAUUUGUUAAUGUUAUUCCUAAGUAUUUCACUUCUGAUUCAACUCUAAUAGAAGCAAAGGUAGAAUCAGAACUUGUAUGAAUGGGGAGUAAUUCACAUUGAUUAAUGUUAAGGGACAAGCCUGAAGCAUUGGAAAAAUCUGAAAUUGUAUUGAGAGUUUUAUCGACCAUUGAUUUAUCUUUUAAGAAGAUGGAUGUGUCGUCUGCAAAUUGACUUCUUUUAAAUUCUUUGUUGAAGAUUGAAAUACCUUGUAUUUCAGCAGCAUAUUUUAAAAGAAUAGUUAAAAGUUGAGUUGCCAAAACGAAAAGCUUAGGAGAGAUAGAACAUCCGUGUCUUAUGCCUCUAAGGGUUAUUCCAGGGUUCAGGGAGACACAGCUGUUUAUAUCAGUAUAGAGCAUCUUAAUAAUACAACAAAAUGUAUCUCCAAAACCCAAAAAGUGUAAUGCUCCCAACAGGAAGGGGCGUUCAAUACUGCCAAAAGCCUUGUAAAGAGUAGAAAUAACACAUAGCUUUCUGUACUAAUAAAAUCUUUGUAAUCUAACAUGUUGAGUAUCAGUCUGGUGUGGUUAUGUAUAUUUCUACCCUUUACAAAAGCGGACUGACAUUCAUCAACAAACUCAGAUAAACGGUUAGAAUACACAUGUGCUAAUAAUUUAUAAUCAUUACAUAACAAGGUUAUGGGCCUCCAAUUGUCCAGUAGAAGUUUAUCCUUACUAGGUUUUGGGAUUAGGGUGAUAAAGUCCCUGUUUCAUAGUUGGCGACAGGUGCCCAGUUGAUAUACAAUCUAUAAACGCAUUGUACAACAGCUCUCUGAUGUCUUUCCAAAACAAAAACAAACAAAAAUUCAACGGUUAGUUAUCAAGACCUGGUGACUUUCCUUUAGACAUCUGCAAAAUUGCAUUAUCUAAUUCUAAUUCCUCCACAGCAAGCUUAAAGUCAACAUCCAUCACUCUCUUAUAUUCAUUAAUCCUUCUAAAAUGUGUAACACAGUUUUCCUCUGAAAAGUUGGAUUUGUACAAGUUACUGUAGAAAUCUCUUAUUUCUUUAUCAACUUGGUCUUUAGUGUCUAUGUUGACAUCAUUGAUGGUUAACUUCUGACUUUUUUUUUUUUGCUUGUCUGUGCUUUUCCAAAUUAAAAAAAUAUGAAGAUUUUUUUUUUUCAUCUUCCUUUAACCAGCGAGCUCUAGAUUCUAGAACAGGGGUGGGCAACUGGCA